ACUGUGGAAAUACGGCAAGCGUCGGGGUCUGUCAAAUUUUCUUUCACUCUUCGUGGUCACUCUCCAGCUGAGAAACAAGACCCAUCCUCGUAGAGUCAGAUACUGGCCUCAAGACACCUGUGGACACACCCCUCCAACUAUCAGCACGAUGAGAAGCAGCAGAUGUGGUCUCCUCCUUUUCCUGUCCUCCUGUCUGCUGUGUGUUUACUGUCAUGGGGACCAUAUGCAGAGACAGCCGCCUGUGGUUGAGAGUGGUGCCACCUUAUCGAGUCACGGUCGCUUUGACAAAGCGGUGGUCCAAGAUAAAGACCACAUAAUGGAGCAUUUGGAGGGUGUCAUUGACAAACCCGAGAAAGAAAUGUCGCCCCAGGAGUUUCAGCUGCACUAUUUCAAGAUGCACGAUUACGACGGCAACAACCUGUUGGAUGGACUGGAGUUAGCUACAGCUAUUAUGCAUGUCCACAGAGAGGAAAAAGGGGAAAACAGCCAGCCGAUGCGCGAGGAAGAUCUAAUGAAUCUAAUCGACGACGUUCUGAGAGACGAUGACUUAAACAAUGAUGGUUACAUAGACUACGCCGAGUUCGCCAAAUCACUGGAAUAACACAUCACCUCACACAAUGCUGUCUUUGCCCACAACACAGCAAAAUGGAACCUGCACAGCCUUCAGAGUGGCCACUUGUUUUAAACAUCAUUUUCUUUUGCAGGAAUCAGUCGAGUUUUCUUUGCCAUCUUGCAGCAAGCGAGAUCAUUCACAGCAAAACACAACAUCAAACAUUACCCUGUGGGUGACAUGUCUGCACUAUUAAUGAUUGUAAACUCCUACAAUAGUGCCUUUUAAAGGGGCCACUUCAUCCAAAUCACAUUUAUUGGUAUAUUCUCAAGCUAAAAAUGAACUGGGCCACAGCUGGAUAACAACUCAAACCAAAAGUGUAAUACUUAAAAAAAACAAAAACAAAAUGCAAA